CCGGGUUUCAAUCAGCUUUUGAUCCUGAUUAGGCGUCUUGAUUCCGUCAAAGACACCAAAUCCAAUCGCAUACCUGAACGUUGAUCAGCCCAAGCGUGAGAGCCAAUGUGCCUCGGGAGAGACUGAACAAAGAGGAACUCAAGAUGAGCGCAGAGCUGAGCCGUUCUAAAGCCCCAAAGGAAACCAUUGCCUGUGCAAGCUGAGAUCACAUCUUGUACCACACACCAUGCCACGCUUUGGUCUUCCGCGCUUUCUUGCGUUGUUGAUCUUAAGAGCCUUUGCAGAAGAGGAGUGUAUAGAAUGCACGGAUGAUGAAGCACUACAUGCGCUUCAACGAAGAACUUCUUUUCGUACCAGCUUCGACUUUCACUUGAACAAAACAGUGACACUGACUGGAUUGAAAAACAAUGGGGACUUCUUCGAUGACGUCGGGGACUUCUUCCACGAUGUGUUUGAAGGUGUGCGAGAGUGCUUGGAUGAAAGCGCCCAACUGCGCUUUGAGCUACAAUUCCGAUUUCUGGUGGAUACAUCACAAUGCCAAGUGGAAGCAACAUUAAACACUGGAAGCGCUAUGAUGACCAUAUCUACCUGCGGUCAUUUCCCGGUGACCGCAACACUCUUCCGUGGUCCUGGCGUUUACUACGACCAAGACAGGGUUACCUUCAGCUCAUGUGCUCAUGACGUCAUGUGUGCAGACAUCCGGUUCCUGAACAAGGCUGGUUGCAAUUACAACGUCUGGGAUGUCCAAACUCGAGCGCGCUCUGAGAUCCCGGUGCGUCUUACCACAAGAUGGAUUACAUUGGUAUCCAAUGCCACAUUGUAUGAAAUGUAAGCUUGGUUCCCGGCAUGACUCGGUGCCACUUUAAAGGUGCUGUGACUUCAAACACUGGUCACAGCACAACAUCAUAGGGCAAGAAACCUGUUGAGAGAUUGGAGGGCAGACUCAUGAUGCACCUCUUGGGAAAAUCGCAAAGAAGGAACGUGCUGCAAAAGUCAGCAGGAGUUAGAUAAAGCCAGAUGAUAGUAAUUGAAGCAUGAGCCAGACGCUCCCAGACGACCUGACACGGAUGAAAGGUGGCACUCUGCAGAGUUGAAAUCCGUUUUGCAAGAAAGAAGGGCUGGCAUGGAAGAGAGAGAGAGGGAACCAUGUAAAGCACCUGAAUUCCGAAGCAUCUGACACAAAUUGCAUGACCGCGCGC